AGCAGACCUGCGACAGAGAAAGAAGCAAAACUGUACAGAAUCUGACAAAAUGGCUUCAGAGGAGAGAAACAAAGAAAACGCAAAGCUGGGAAGAUCGCCAAAGUAUAUGUUAAUUCAGCGUUUUGCGAAACUUUUCUUUGGCUGUCUUGCGGCAGUCACUAGUGGAAUGAUGUACGCUGUGUACCUCUCAACAUAUCAUGAACGGAAAUUCUGGUUUUCCAGCAGGCAGGAACUUGAACGAGAAAUUACAUUUCAGGGUGACAGCGCCAUUUAUUACUCAUUCUAUAAAGAACUGCUAAAGGCUCCUUCCUUUGAAAGAGGUGUUUAUGAGUUGACACACAACAAUAAGACAGUAUCACUGAAGACGAUAAAUGCAGUCCAGCAAAUGACUUUGUACCCAGAGUUGAUUGCCAGUGUUUUAUAUCAAGCAUCUGGUAGCGAAGAAGUUAUUGAACCAGUGUAUUUCUACAUUGGUAUAGUUUUUGGACUGCAGGGAAUUUAUGUGACUGCAUUGUUUGUAACCAGUUGGGUUAUGAGUGGGACUUGGCUGGCAGGAAUGCUGACUGUAGCAUGGUUCAUUAUUAACAGGACAGAUACAACAAGAAUUGAUUACUCCAUACCAUCAAGGGAAAAUUGGGCUUUGCCAUAUUUUGCAUGUCAAGUAGCAGCUCUCACAGGCUAUUUAAAAAAAACCCUAAAUUGUUCUGCUGAGAAGUUUUGUUACCUUUUGGUGAGUGCUUCAACGUAUACCUUCAUGAUGAUGUGGGAAUACAGUCAUUACCUCCUGUUUGUCCAGGCUGUUUCUCUUUUUCUGCUAGACAGCUUUGCCCUGGCACAGACAGAGAAGGUCCAUGAAGUAUACAAAAUCUACUUGUUUUCUCUCUUCUUGGGGUACCUUUUGCAGUUUGAAAAUUCAGCCUUACUGGUGUCACCAUUACUGAGUCUUGUAGCAGCUUUAAUGCUCUCUAAAUGCCUUCAGAUGAAUAUGAAAAAAGGUACAUUUAUGUCAAGAUUGCUGAAAAUAAUGUACAUUUAUUUGGUACUUACAAUAACAGUGACACUAAACUUCUUACUAAAGAUGGUUGUUCCUCAUAAAGAAAAUGAGCAUUUGCUGAAGUUCAUUGAAGUAAAACUUGGCUUAAACACAACUAAGAAUUUUACAAUGAAUUGGCUCCUUUGUCAAGAAUCUCUUCAGGCACCCUCCCAAGACUUUUUUUUGCGACUAACACAGUCAUCACUGUUGCCUUUCUAUAUUUUAGUAUUAAUUAUCUGCCUUUUUUCUGUAACUCAGGUCAUUUUUAGGAGAAUUUGUGGUGAACCACUGAAAGAGACAGUUAAACUUGAGGAUGGUCGAAUUGGAGAGAGGCCAGAAAUAGUUUAUCAUGUAAUUCACACAAUUUUACUUGGUUGUCUAGCGAUGUGUUUGGAAGGAAUGAAGUAUCUAUGGACACCUUAUGUUUGCAUGCUUGCUGCAUUUGGUGUGUGCUCUCCUGAGCUUUGGAUGACGCUUUUCAAGUGGCUUCGACUGAAAGCUGUGCACCCGAUAUUGCUGGCUCUUAUUCUGAGUAUGGCAGUUCCCACAAUAAUUGGAUUCAGCUUGUGGAAAGAGUUUUUCCCUAGGAUAAUGACAGAGCUUUCAGAACUACAAGAAUUCUAUGAUCCUGAUACAGUAGAACUUAUGACAUGGAUAAAACGACAGGCUCCUGUGGCUGCUGUGUUUGCAGGCAGCCCACAGUUAAUGGGUGUGAUUAAGCUUUGUACCGGAUGGAUGGUGUCAAGCUUGCCUUUAUAUAAUGAUGAUGAUCUUCUAAAAAGAAAUGAAAAUAUUUAUCAGAUCUAUUCAAAGAGGUCAGCAGAAGAUAUUUAUAAGAUACUCACAUCUUACAAAGCCAAUUUUCUGAUUAUUGAAGAUUCAAUUUGCAAUGAAGUGGGACCUGCAAGAGGAUGUAGAGUUAAAGAUCUAUUGGACAUUGCUAAUGGUCAUGUGGUUUGUGAGGAAGGCGACGGCUAUGCCUACUCAAAAUAUGGACGAUUUUGUCAUGAAAUCAAAAUGAACUAUUCUCCAUAUGUGAAUUAUUUUACUCGGGUAUACUGGAAUAGAUCCUAUUUUGUAUAUAGAAUCAACACUGUGAUAUCCUUCCAGUCGUGAAAAAGCAUGCAAGAUUCUUUCUGAGGAUUGUGAAUGAAAUUCAAUUGGAAAAGUUCCUUUUGAUCAAGGAAGUUAUUUUUGCAGAUACAUGUGUGCACAUGCAGAGUAUUGACAACUUUAUUUUACCAAACUGGAAUUCUUUGAACUACAGAUCAACAGACAUAGAUACCAUCCUUGAAGGAAACAGGAAAAUUUGUCAAUUUUACAGUCUCUACAAAGUGUGACAGUCUUCCACAUUUUUGCAUUUUUCUUCCCAUUUAAAUCAUCCUAAUCUUCAUGUAAAUGAGAUUUCUAACUUGAGUGUUAGAGAGCUGAUGUGGGUAGACUUCAGUAAAAGCAGAAAAAUUAUUUAAAGAGUUCAUUUAAGUCAUACAGCUUUUGUUUUCUAGAAAGAAAGCAAUCGGUAUCCCAAGUCUUUUCAAGUAAGUGUUUGGGGUUUUGGGGGUUUUUUUGUUGUUUUAUUCUUCCUGUCUUCCAGUCUAAACAUUUCUGUGUUUAUCAAACACACAUUCCUACAUCUUAUGUAUAGCUAUAGUGUUUGUAUAAAUCAAGUAAGGAAGAUUUUAUUUAAACAACACUUCCAUAGAUUAAGGCACUGAUCUCUACAUUGCUAGCGACAUGUUGGUGCAAGUGCUUGGACUUAGACCUAGCAGUAGGGGUUGACAAGGUCAGAUCUUCAGUUUGGAAAGAACUUGUCUUCAGGAUUUCUCCAUGCUUAAAUGUGUAUGUGUGUAUGCAUUUGUGUGUCUUAGCAGCCAUCAGAAUGGGCCAGUAUACAACAGUAUGCCAUACUUGGUUUUAGACAAGUGUAGCAGGACAACUAGGUUUGCUACUGAGACUUCUGCACUUCUGUUUCACCCCCUCUGUGUGCGUGCUGGUAUAUAUGUGUGUGUGUGUAUGAGGGGAUGGGUGAUAGUAAUUUCAUUCAACUUACUGUGUGAUAGUUAUAUUAAGGUAGUGCCAUAACUGUAACUUAAAACACUAUAAUUGCCACCAUUAAUAAAUAAUGGUACAGUUGUUCAUAGCUAUUUUUAUAUCAAUUACGCAACUACACCGAGAUCUUUGAAAAUUUGGGAACGUACUCUGCAAUCUUGCUUCCCGCUAAAAUUUGUCUUCCUUAUAUGACCCCCUUUGCCUCUACAACUAUUUUUCUUAACAAAUUAUCUGUUCAUCCUGUUUGUUGCUGGCUGAUAUACUUUCAAGAGAAUGAACGAUGCUUUAAUUCCAACUCUGGGCCUAAUCCUGGUGUUGUGAAUGGAAAAUCCAAUAAAAGGUAAUGGUAACUUUGCUUACGUAAGUGUAGCUGGACAAAAAGUCAGGACAUAAGUUUUGGCAGAGGUUAUUCACCCAUUAGGAGUUACCUGCAGUUAUGGAUUCGUGUAACACCUGGCCCAGAGACCAGUCUAUUAGGCAUGUGGGAAUGAUUCUUUGGAGCCCAGAUGAAGGUUCUGGCAUAAUAGGAUGCGCCUUCAACUGAAAAAUCUGCAAAUGAUUCUGCAAAUGAAAGCUGCAAAACGAUCCUUACCGCACUUCUUGAUAAAAUGCAGAUUCAGAGAUUUUAACUGUGAAAAUAUUACGAACUGCAGCAUGUUGGUGUAUAUGCGUGAUUCUUAUCUGCUCUAUGCAGAUACAUUUGCUUACUUUACACUAGCAGGUAGUGCUGAGAUUUUUUUUAAAACCUAUUAUCACUAUUGGAGUGAUUUAAAAGAAAAAAGCUUUAUUGUUGUAAGAGUCAACAUGUCUGUAAUCUGUUUUUUUUACUUUCAGUUAUAUUUUUAGGCCUAUGAGUCUUGACAAGAUGUUAAAUUAUGCAUUUUAUUUGAAACCAAUGUUGAGAUAAAUCCAUCGAAUAUACUGGAUGUGAUCACUGAGAGAAACAUUUAUCAGUACAACUGAGUUACAAGUUAAAAGUGAAUAUCCUUUCUGGGGAUACAGUCGUUGUGUUGAGGGUAGUAUGUACAUGUGUCUCUGGCCAAAUACAGUCUGCAUUUAUUUGCUUAUGCACAAGUGCAUAUGUUUUACUGCACUGGACUGUUUCAGACUUUUCAAUUACCAUAUAACAACAGAAGCUAGUGUAUUAACUUAAGCUAUGGCAGGCCUGCAGGAACCUUCUCUGUAUGUGCUAGUAUGGAUGUAGGUGUAAUACUUGGAAGUGAGUUUAGAGUUCCUUAUGCAAUUUAAGUUUGUUUGAAUCACUGUCAAGGAAUUACAUGUCUGUGUGUUAGUCAUUUACUUGCCUGAAGUUAAUCAUUCAUGAAUAUCAUUUCAUAACAGCAAUAAGGCAUUCCAGGUAGCAAACUUCAGGGUUACAACUGCACUUGGGUGGAUGAAGUCGCAUAGCUUACGGCUUCAUGCCUUAGAUUGCCAUGCCAAGAUGCAAUAUUUAACUGUCCUUGACUGCCUGUUGUGUUUUACUGCAAUGCUGUAUGUAUGUGCU